UUUGCCGUCGACGCGCACGCACGCAUGUAAUUUGUUGAAGUUCAUUUUGAAAAAACAACAAAAAAUAAUGUGCGACAUUGAGGAGAGAUUGAUCAGAAGCGUUAAACAUAAUGCUUGCUUAUACAAUAAAUCAGAUACGGGCUUUCGAAAUCGGCCGCGCAGAGACAUUGCGUGGGCGACGGUUUCAAGCGAAUGUGGUUUGACAGUUAAAGAAACCCAGUGCAAAUGGAAAACGCUGCGCGAUCGUUUUGUGCGCGAAUAUCACAAAUGCGCCGAUACCCAAAUGGAAGUCAGCCAUUGGCGCUAUUUUGAAGAGCUCUUGUUUCUUCUGGAACACAUCAAACCGCGCGGCUGCUCCAGCAUUGAGGACAGCCAGCUGGAUUUGGAUGUGGACUUAUCAAGUAAACAUAUGACUUAUGAAAACGAUGACUUAAAUCGUAGACCCAUCAAACAGGACGACGAUGACUAUGCAGAAGAAGCAAACACCCGGGAAGCACUAACGCCAAGCGAUGCAUCCAAUGAGAAAAGCCAGCCGUGUCUCCAGCAAGCACAGCAGGAGUUUCACAAAGUUAUGGGCCUAUUGGAGAAUGUGCUGCAGCAGAAACUCAAAGAGCAACCAUCGAAUAUAGUUGAUACCCAGCACGAUCCUUUCUAUAAAUAUCUAGAGAGUAUAUUGAGUCGGGUGGAUGCAACAACCCGCGCCGAUAUACAAUUGGAACUGCUCAAUUCGGCCAAUACACUGGUGAAAAAUGCAGAAAACACAAAGUCCUACACUCAAUAAAUAGAAGAUUAUCAUUAGACAAUUAGAGUGCCUAAGGUAUUUAUCAUAAGUCCAUUCCUUUUAUUAUCCACUCUAUAUAAAAACCAAAAAAUUAAAUUUAAAAUACAUUUUUAGCAGUCGAAGGUAAAUUAAAUAAUUUUUUCAAACAGGUGAUCGCAUUAUCGUUACGUACAGUGUAUUGCAUGUUAUGUUACAGAUUGUAUUACAGUAGCCGUUAACUACAUUCCUAGUGGUAUUUUACAAAGACUUAAAACCUUAAUAUAUAAUAUAUCAUAUUCGAUUUGAUUCAAAAUUAGAAAUAAAAGUUUUAAGUUAGAACUG